AUGGACAUUGACCAACCAUCCUCGAGCCAUCUCGACAUCGAGCCGAAUAAUGUUUGUCCAAAGAAUAAUACCAAGCCACCUCUUUCCUCCAUCCUCAACAGUCACGACUUCCAAGUGGUCGCGUCUCGGAACCUGUCCAGGAAGACAUGGGCAUUUUAUUCCUCAGCAGCCACAGACCUCAUUACCAGAGAUGCCAAUGAGCAAUUCUUCAGCCGAAUCUGGUUAAGACCAAGGGUGAUGCGAAACGUCGAGAACGUGACGACUCGGACAAGAAUUCUGGGCCAAGAGAUGGACUUUCCCUUAUUUGUCUCUCCAGCAGCCAUGGCAAGACUCGUACAUCCAGAAGGGGAGAAGGCGAUCGCGAGAGGAUGCCAGACCCACAAUGUUGGCCAAUGCGUGCGUUCGGCAGGCCAUGUCGACUGUCGAACGAAAGCUAAUGUCAAUUAGAUCUCUAGCAAUGCCUCCUAUCACAUGUCGGAGAUAGUCGCGUCGGCACCAGGCAGCACGUUCUUCUUCCAGCUAUAUGUCAACAAGAACCGCGCUGCUUCCGAAGCGCUGCUGAAGGAAGCUGAAAGAGCUGGGGUCAAGGCUGUGUUCGUCACCGUCGAUGCGCCGGUUGCCGGUAAACGAGAGGCAGAUGAGCGAACUGAAGAUGACAACCAAGACGAGUCGCUUACAUUUGCGCCCAUGAGCGGUGCUGUUGCGAGUAAAGACUCGAAGGGUGCCGGAAUCGGGCGUACCAUGGGAAGCUACAUCGACGCCAGUUUGAAUUGGUCGGAUUUAGUGUGGUUAAGAAAGGCCACGAAACUGCCAAUUGUGUUGAAAGGGAUUGGCAAUGCUGAAGAUGCAUUGCUUGCAGCUUCUUACGGGGUUGAUGGGAUCGUCGUGAGCAACCAUGGCGGGAGAAGUCUUGACACAACAUCGCCUGCGAUCCUGACAUUGCUGGAGAUGCAUCGGCACUGUCCCAAAGUAUUUGACCGAUUGGAGGUCUACAUCGAUGGAGGCAUCCGCAGGGGAACUGAUAUAUUCAAGGCUCUGUGCCUGGGCGCAAAGGCGGUAGGUAUUGCUCGGACAUUCCUCUACGCAUUACAGUACGGUCAAGAAGGUGUCGAGCAUCUCAUCUCCAGUGAGUAAAAUGGCCUAUGUGUCCGUUGAUCGAUGGUGACUGACAAUUUCCAGUCAUGAAAGACGAGCUCGAAACCACAAUGAAGUUGAUUGGCGUCACCGACAUUUCGCAAUUGCAUCCAGGCAUGCUGAAUACGCGAGACAUCGAUCAUUUGGUGCCUACAACGCCUUUGUCUGUCGAGCGGGCCCGUCUGUAG